AUUUAAAUUUGUUUUUCAAUUUCUCAAAUUAAAACUAAACAAUUAAAACAUGGGGGGAUGCAGAUGCGUGUUUCGAGAUUGUAAAAAUACAUCAGCGAAUAAUCCGCAAAGGCAUUUCUUUCAUUUUCCAGUAAAGUAGUUGCGUUAAUUUUUAUUUGUUUGAAUUUAGAGAUCCAGAGAAGCUAAAGAAAUGGAUCAAAUAUGCAGACGCGGAAAAUAUUUUAAAACUCGACCAAAAUAAAGUGGCAAACAAAGUUGUAUGUAAUGAACAUUUUCGAGAUGAAUGUUUUAUGAACUACAAAAAAAAUAGAAUAACCAAAAUGGCAGUUCCGACACUAACAAUUCUUUACGAAGAUGAUGAAGGUAAAGUAGCUUUGGACUACGAAACAUCAGAUUUUCCAGAGCCAAAAAGAAUUCCUUUACCAACAGCUGCACAUUUAAUACCGCCAGUGGUUGGAAGAAGAGUUUCAAACAGUUUGAAACAUAAACUAACUGAGGAUGAACCUAAGAUUAUCAAUUCAAAAAUACAACUUCUGCAAAAGAAUGUGGUGUGCUUCAAUUUAAAUAAAAAUAAGGAAAUUUCUGGUAUUGAAAUUGUAAAAACAGAUACAGUAGAAAGCCAGAGCAAAGAAAACGUAGGUUGGGAUAACUUUGAUGUAGAAAUCGAAAAUUGCCUGUCUAAAUUAACUAAUGAAACAUCAGAUAAUGAAAAAAAAAUAUCGGGUAUGACCGAAGGAGUAUUUUUAGCUGAAACCGUUGAAAUUGAAAAUAAUGAGCAUUAUAGUAUCAAUAAAAGCGUAGAAGACAAGGACGAUAGUAUCAAAAGAAUUGAAGUGCUAAAGAAAGAACUUGAAUCUAAUAAACUACUAAUAAAUGAACUCAAAGAUUUUGUUGAAAAAAUUCAAGCUGAUUCCGAAACGGAAAAUGAAGUCUUAAGAAAACAACUAGAACUAAAGGAGAGUGAAAUAGUAAAGCUUAAAGGUCAAAUAUCAGCUCAAAAUAAACCCAAUAAAACAUUAAUUCCAUUAACGAAAGAAAAACUCUUUCAAUCGAUCAAAAAAUAUGUAUGCCCUUCGAUGUCAUCGUUAAUACGUAUGGAAAUGUUCGGUAGCUCAGAACGAGAAUGGGAAAUAGAUGAGAAAGAAAGGGCUAAGGAGCUUUUACAAUUAGGUGAAUCGGUUUUUUUUUACUUUAGAGAUGAAUGGCGAUUUCGGUUGCCUCCACAAAAAGAUGUUGAGAAGUGGCUGCUUGAAAAUUGAUUAUCGAACUGUAAUCUCGAAAUUUUUUUCUGUUUGAUUAAUAAUUUUAAAUAAACAAAGCUUAUUUU